GAUACUUCCUCACCCUGCAUCAGUUGAGUUUCCCCGCGGCUCCUCGUCAGCUGGCCGUGCGUAAUUCCCCAAGAGUCGAGGUGCACUGUUUUUUUCUCUCUCCCCAACUGGGGUUUUGCGCUCUGGUUGUUGCGCACAGUACCACCAGGAGAGACUGGCAACAUCCCCGACCAGCACUACUUUGAUUUUUAUCAAAUGGGGGGAACAGACUGCACCAGCAGUGACAGCCAAACGCCGACAGUACUUUGAACAGACAAGCCUUCAGGAGACCGUCAUGUACUAGUGACAGACGGCAGUUGUAGAGCAAGAGGAAACAGCAGACACUGACAAACAUGAGCGGCGGAGAAAUCAUCUUCCAAGGGUGGCUGAGGAAGUCACCACCGGAGAAAAAACUGAGGAGAUAUGCAUGGAAGAAACGCUGGUUCAUACUUCGCAGCGGCCGCAUGAGUGGUGACCCUGAUGUACUCGAGUACUACAAGAACGACCACUCCAAGAAACCCAUCCGGGUCAUCGACCUGCACUGCUGCGAACAGGUGGACGCUGGCCUGACCUUUAAGAGGAAGGAGUUCCAGGACAGCUUUGUGUUUGACAUCAAGACCUCAGAUCGCACUUUUUAUCUUGUGGCUGAGACUGAGGAGGAGAUGAACAAGUGGGUCCGCUCCAUCUGCCAGCUGUGUGGGUUCAACCAGUCAGACGACAACCACGAUGGCAGGUUACACCAUAUGCCCCGUUCUGUUGGAGCAGAUGUCACCGGCUCAAUGGCUCCCCUGACUGGAGAACGCAAGACUUCUGCCCCCAUCCACUCCAGCCAGCCAGUGCUCUUCACCUUUGAUGUGCCUGUGCGCCACUCACACCAUAGCUCCCUGACCAACAGUGCACCCCAGGACUACCUCCUCCUACACCAGUGCAUGAGCAGGAAGACAGAGAGUGCACGGAGUGCCAGUUUCUCCCAGGCCACACGAAGCAAUCUGUUUGUGGGGAGCGACUCGGUGCAGAAACUCUCCCAUGGCUUUUCCCAUUGUCUGAAUGGCAUGGGUGCUCAGUUGCACGGCUUCUACAGCCUGCCCAAGCCCGGAAAACACCAGUUACAGGGACACGAGGACUCCCAGGAGGCCUGUUACGUGCUUCCGCGAGGUUACAGCUCGGAGGCACCGGCUCACAGCGGACUGGGUGAGCCUGAGCUGGAGAACGAGGAGGUUUACACCUUCAAAACGCCCUGCAAUACACUUGCCACCAUGCACAGCAACGAACGUCCACAUGACAAUUACGACCUUCCCACAACACCUGGCUCCUUCUACCAGAUACCCCGGACGUUUGAUAAGAAUCACAAUGCCUUGACACCCUCCAGCUCUGAGUCAUCCUGUGCUCCUCCUCCCAGGCCCCCUAAACCUAGCCAGGGGUCAGAGGGGCAUUGGGGGAGUCCCCAUUCAGUAGGGAGCCAGAACGGAGAUGUGACGUCUGCGGUGUCGGUUAUCCCACGCAGGAAUACUCUCCCUGCUGUCGAGAACAUCAGGCUGCACAGAGGCUCCUCCUUUGAAACUAACAGCCAUCACCGUCCCAUUCAUUUCAACAACUCAGGCCAGUCUGUUGAGUCUGUCAAUGAUGGGUUCAGCUCCUACCUGAGAUCCAAGACGCCUCUGACUCGCUCAGACAGCGGCAACUCGGAUGACAACUAUGUGCCCAUGAAUCCUGGCUCCUCGCCACUCAGUGCUGCCCAGGCUGACAGUCCUAAGAAUAUCUACAUCCCGAUGAGCCCUGGGCCACAUCACUUUGAUUUCCCAGGAUUCUCUGCAACAUUACCUGCCCGUAAGGGGAGCAGCGCGUCCCUGUGUCACCGGCCCAGCCGCCUCAGUGAUGUCACACCACCACCUAUCAACCGCAACCUCAAACCUAACAGGAAAUCGAAGCCAACACCUCUUGAUUUGAAGAACAAUGGGAUCAUUGAUGAGCUGCCAUUUAAGAGCCCAGUCACCAUGUCCUGGACACGGCCCAUGCCUGCUAUGAACUCCAUGUCCUCCCAGCAUUGUCGACCCAUCUCUACACAAAGCAUCACCAGCACUGACUCCGCAGACAGUGAAGAGAAUUAUGUGGCUAUGCAGAACCCAGCGUCUACCUCCCCAGCCGUGAGCGGUACCAGCAGCCCGGCCCCUAGGAAGUGUGGCAACGUGGACUACCUAGCGUUGGACUUCCAGCCUGGGUCACCAAGCCCACACAGAAAACCCUCCACAUCCUCGGUGACCUCUGAUGAGAAGGUGGACUACGUGCAGGUCGACAAGGAGAAGACACAGGCACUGCAAAGCACCAUGCAAGAGUGGACCGAUGUGCGGCAGUCUACUGAACCUGCUAAGGGGGUCAAGUCCUGACACUGACCUGUACAAAACAAUGACAAAAAAAAAAAAACUAAACAAAAACCCAACCUUAAGUCAAGCAUCUCUAUGAUCAUGUUUUUAUCAUUACUAUGAAAACUAGUUAGGCUUGUUUAAGACUGAAGAAUUUGGACAAAAAGCCAUAACCUAUCCUAUGCCUGUUCUCUGUGAUGAUUUUUUACUGCAAUGCACUGUUAACACGCAGGAUAUCAGGCCAUACAGUCGGAGCGCCCUGCCAAAGCUCUUCAUGCAGACUGUUGUAUAACAGUCUAUGGACAAUUGAUAAUGUGUGUAAAAAUAUCAUCCUUACUCAUCAAUCCAUCCUUUAUAAAUGAAUUGUUUCAUCAAAUUUGUCCCAUCCACCCCCUCUGCAACAGUAAAAGAGUUUGCAUCUAGCAGGUAAUAUACCCAAUUGAUGCCAUUUAAAAGAGUAGCAGAGGCUAACUGGUCGAUAACCAUAUUAAUAUACUGUAAGAGAACGCUUACUGGUCUCAGGAAUGCCAAGAUGCACUCCAAUUUUGGCAUGCAGGCAGACUCUCUCUUUUCCCUUCAAUCUAUCAUUUGUGCUGAGUCUUGCAGAAGCAGUGAAGAGAUUAUUUUCACUGCGGGCAAUCAUUUCAGCUUAGCAGUGCAUGUCUGGUAAGAGGAGGAGGGGGGGGGGAUACAGCCUUACAAAUGCGUAAAGGCCCGUGUCAGAAGCCCUAAUGAUAACUGCACAUGGCUGUAGCCUCGGUUUCAAUUAAGCAUGAGCCCAAACCAUGUUUAAAAGCUGUCGGGCUGCGUGGAAUGCCAAUUAUUUCAAUGCAGGUACAAACCUAACAACCGGCGACAAGAAGAAGUAUCUUGAGUCUAUGUAGGUUUGAGUUCAGCUGUCAGUUCACUUCAGGUAAUGUUUUAAUACAUUUCAUUCUAAAUGUGCACUGACCAAGAAAGAUUAUUGAGUGGGAUGAAGUAAAAGAUAAAGCAGGAGGUGUACUUUCCAAGGAGUUCAGAUUACCCCUCUCUAUUUCUCUCUCUAGAGACCACAAAGACAAGCUAAGUAGAAGGAUAAUAGCAUAUUUAUGUUUUCCAGAAUUCAACCAUUCACUGAUGUAUGUCUCUGGUCUUUGAUAUUCCACACACUACAGCUAUGUCUUUUGAAGAGUAAUUGUUUCCUGUAUGUAAAUUAUUAAUAGAAUGACAUAUUUGCAGCACAUAGUGUUGACUGUUUGAUGCACUUGUCUGAGACAAAAGGUGCACUGCAGGAAUGUUACAUUGUGCUUUUCCUGCAAAGGCAACCUGCCACAAUGAAGAUUUGCCAGGGAUCAUAGUUAAAAAAUGGUUUAGGAAAGAAUGUUUUCUUAAUUUCCUAAACUCUUUUUUUGUUUUGUUUAAUUUGCCUUAUAUUUUCAUUUCAGUUUUGACUGUAAAUUUUGCCUUGGAGAAAUUGAAUUGUUCACAAUAUUAUUCAAGUGAGAGCCAUAUUGUAUUUAGGACAACUGAAUGAUCAGUUUCUAGUUCAACUUAAGUCCAGUAUUUCAUUGUGGGCUGGAACCACUGAAGGGUGAAUAACCUAUUUGAUCUUUCUAUGAAUAGUGUGGCCAUGCAGUGCUCGAUGGUAUUAUUGAUUAUUUCAUUAAGAUUUACUUCUUAAUGUUUUUCUACCAUUUUUACUGCUUUUUGUAUUCUUUUUAUCAUUAUUUUUUACUGAUACAUGUAAGCAAGUGAUAUUCAUAAGGACGGGGUCAGGCUAAAUUAAGUUAAGUUUGUUACAGCGUGUAUUUUUUUUUUUUUCAUUCCUAAAUUGAAUUUUAUGAUCUAUACAUGAAAUGGGGAGGCUGGCAGUUUGAGUUGCACUGGCAAAGCCCUUCCCGGGUGAACUGUGAUUCACAAAGAGCGAGAGCAUGAGAGAAAAGAAAAGACUGAAGAAAAGCCUGUCUCCCUGUCAGUCUCUGAAGUGAAAUGGAUGUGUAAUUUAUUAUCUAGAGAUACCCGUUGUAAGCAGAAGAGCUGUGUAUGUGUUGUGGUAGAUUGUGAGUUGUAGUAUGUUAAAUGACAGCCUGACUGGGCGAGAUUGAAAACACUGCUCAGACUGUCACUGGGUUGACGUACUGUACUAGUAGAGAUCAUUUUUUAAACCACUGUUAUUGCUACUACUGUAAAGCAUUUGCAGAUUGCUUGUGUGUUAAUUUAUUAAUUUAUUGUGCAUUUUGCAGUUGAUAUUUGUAAAAAAAAAAGGAAAACGACAACAACCAAACAAGGAAACCUUCUCUCUACUAACAUUGAUGUAUG